UCUUAAGUUCCGGCUCAAUUCACCAGGAACACAAAGGCAGGAGACCUGCUUUUGUACAGGGGUUUAGGGUAGGAUUGGGGUGAAAGACGCUCUCUUGUUUCCCACUUGAUCUGGAGGGAUGGGAGAGCCGAAGGCAGAGGUCAAGGUGGUGACUGAAGAAACUGAUGCUAAGCCGCAACAGGCGAAUAAGAAUGGGAGAAAAGCAGAGGCUGCGGGAGGAAACUCCUUCUUCACCUGGUUCAUGGUGCUGGCUCUCCUGGGUGUCUGGACCUCUGUAGCUGUGGUGUAUUUUGACCUUGUUGACUAUCAAGGUGUAAUUGCCAAAGCAAAGGACUUGCGCUGUAAUCUUUCAGAGGUAUUACAAGGUAAACUUGUAUCCUAUGACGCUGAUGGUGAUGGAGACUUUGAUGUGGAAGACGCUAAAGUACUACUAGGACUGAAAGAUAAGCCCACCAUUGUGACCAGUGAAUCAGUUGAGGAGGGCCCCGCUGAACCUGUGGAAGAAGAGCCUGUUGUUGAGGAAGAGAUCAAAGCCACUAAAGUUGAGAAAGCAGCUCAGCCACCACCAGAACCAGAGACUGUGGAGGAAGAGCCUUUUGCUGCAGAAGAUGAAGUAGCUGAAGAAGAACCAGAGGCUGAAGAGGAGCAAGAAGUUCCGGAGGAAGAGCAAGAAGUUCCGGAGGAAGAGCAAGAAGUUCCGGAGGAAGAGCAAGAAGUUCCGGAGGAAGAGCCUGAGGUUGUGGAGGAAGAGCCUGAGGUUGUGGAGGAAGAGCCUGAGGUUGUGGAGGAAGAGCCUGAGGUUGUGGAGACUUUUCCAGUUGAGGAAGAUGCCACGGCAGAGGCUCCUGAAGAGGCUAUUGAGGAGAUGAUAGAAGGGGCUGCACAAGUAGAAGAGGCAAUAGAAGAACCAGUUGUGGAAUCUGUACCACUUGAAGUGGUAGAGGAGGUUGUUGCAGAGGAAGCUGCGCCAGUGGAAGAAGCCGUAGAGGAAGCUGCGCCAGUGGAAGAAGCCGUAGAGGAAGCUGCACCAGUGGAAGAAGCCGUAGAGGAACUGGCAGAAGAGGCUUCAUCAGUGGAGGAAGUAGUGGAGGAGGUUGUACCAGUAGAAGACGUUGUUGAAGAGGCUUCACUAGUGGAAGAAGCUGUAGAGGACGCUGCACCAGUGGAAGAAGAGGAGGAUGCCCAAAUGGAAGAAACAGUAGAGGAAGCUGUGGAAGAGGCUGAACAAGUAGAGGAAGCAGCUGAGGAGUUAGAACGAGUGGAAAAAGCAGUAGAUGAUGCAGCACUAAUGGAAGAAGCACCUGAAGAGCCAGAUGAGGAGUCAGCCCCUGUUGAACAAACGGUAACAGAAGAGGAACUAAUAGAGGCAGCUGAGGCUGUUGAGGAGGAUGAGGAAGUACAAGACUCCUCAGUGGAGGAACCAGAGCUUGAGGAGGAGAGUAUGGAAGAAGAGGAGGAUGUAGCUGCAGAGGAAGAACAGCUUGAGGACAUUGCAGAGGAAAUUACCCAGACAGAAGAACAACUUGAAGAAGAGCCUUCAGAAACAUAAAAUAUUGGGCAGUGUGUAAGAUACAGAGGAUCAGCACCACAUAGCAUUCCACUGGAAUUGAGCAGCUGCCAAUUUUCACCAUGGAGUUAAAAAAAAAAGAGAACACAACUAGUACUUCUCCCCAGUUUUUUUUUUUUUUUUUUUAAAUAAGCCUAUUUGUUAAUUGAUAACACAGUCUUUUGUGUGCAAGUACACAUUUUUUUAAUGUCUUUGUCAACUUUUGUUUGGUUGUUUGACUUUCCCCUUUAUUCUUUUCCUCUAAUGUAGGUGUGAAGUAGCCAUUUUUGAAUGAUCAUGGAUGAUAGUUUGGUUGUUGUUUCCUAUCAUGUGUGUACAAAAAUUUUCUUGUUGCUUUGUAGCUCAGAGAUCUUUACAUUUUAUUCAGAAUUUAAUACAUAAGUGUCUAAGUCGUCUGUCGGAAUAAAACUAACUUUUUGCUUUAAUGUGAACGUACUAUGCAAAGCUGCACUGAUAUUUCGCAAUGAUUUCCCCCUUCCAUUUCCAAUAUUGCAUAUCAAGGACAAGUUUAGGCUGGCAGGUUAAUCAAGAUAAUUGUUAUUUGAUGUGUAUGUGAAUGUUUGCUUGUGCGUGUCUAUUUACAUGUUCAUGUUUAACUUUGUGCGAAACGAUCUUUUGAGCCAUGUUGUCAUGUUAUUUCCUCAUUUGUAUUUUUUAGCUUGCUGUCAACCAAUUUAGUACCUCUCUGUUGAUACCUUGUCAGUACUUUAACUAUUUGUUUUGCUUGAUGAGAGCAUAGAGCUUGUUUUUGCAUUUCAUAUUUAGGAAAGGAUUUUCAAAUUCAAAUGAUGUGUUCUCCCCCAUCCAGUCUUUUCUUUGUAUUUACACUUUUGCCUUUGUCAGUAAGUUGCGUUCUACCAUGUGAACUAUUGACUGUGAUUCUGCUCUUUGACUUAGAUAUACAGUGGGCCAAGACCGUGUACAGCACCUGCAGUGGGUUGUGUUUGUCAAAUUUCAGUACUUCACAGGCUCAUGAUUUGAUAAGCUCUCUGUUUCAGGCAGACACUCCAGCUGCUGUUCAGUUUGUAUAUGAUGGCCUGUGUGGCAGAAAACCUGAGGUAAAUUAAAAAGUGUUGCUUAAUGGGAGGUGUCAUCUAAUGUAAAUGCUGCCCACGUAAAUAGUGUUUCAAAUAUGGAGCAACUAAAUAUUUUAUUUUUAUAUCAAGGGAAAGACUUCUUAGUGCUUUUUGUGGGUCAUCAGUCAGCACAUGCUAAUUAAUUUGUCAGAUGUCAUGCACUGCCUAUAUGCUGCCCCUUUUAACUGCUAUUGACACAAAAAGAAAGGACAGUUUUGUUGGCUACAUUCAGAAGGAAACAUGAGUAAGGGUAUCUUGUCAUUAAUAUCUUAUCAAGACAAAAUUAGUUUGCAUUUACUAUUAAUGUUCUUGUCAUCAUUGUUAUCAUGAUUGUUAUUAUAGCGCAAUGUAGCUCUCACCCUUGAUAGAGUAAAUGGUUAAACAUUUUAAACGGGUUUGAUCUGUUGAAGGAAACUCAAGUUUGGCACCUGAAUUGUUUCACUGUGGAUUAAUUUUUUUUUUCAUUGUAGUGUUAUAUGUACACUGUGGUUUUGCGGGCCUGCCAGAAUAAAUGUUGUUUAUGUUA